AUGGCCAUCAGCUUCAGUUAUUGGGAUGACUGCGUUGACCCCGAAGAUCUUGAGGCAAUGUGGAAUGUAGCUGAUGUGAGUGCUGAAUGGAUAAAAGCUGGAGAAGACAGAUCUCAGAAGGUUCACCUCUCACGUGAUCCCGAUGGACAGCCAUAUUUAACACAAACUGAAAUGAGGGCUGUAGCUGACAUUAUUAUUGGCAGGGACUUUAACUCCGAGUUAGAUCUUGGCAUGAUGUGUGCUAUUGCUGAACUGGAAAGUGAUAGGCAACUACUUGUUACAAAUUCUAGCAACAUAUCUGGAGAGCCUAGUAUGGGGCUUAUGCAACUCUUGCCCAAAACUACAAGGUGGUUGAUGAGUGAAUUAGGAUAUUGUUCAUAUGAAAUGCAAGAGGAUACACAAUUCCUUUUCAAACCCUUUGUAAAUGUAUAUUUUGGUGCUGCUUAUAUUAAAUGGCUGUCAAACUUUGAUAACAAAAAAAGAAGUGAAGAGUUUAUUGUAAGGGCAUAUAAAGGUAGUACGAAGAAGGCAACUCAUAAAUCAACUUUGCGCUAUUGGAAAAGCUAUCUCUCUGUCAAAGAAAGUUUUCCGUACAGGAGAAAAUCUGUUGAGGGCAGUCCUCCACCAGCAUGUGUUCCGGUUCCUGCUUCAUCAGAAAACUCAAAAGUGGUGACGCAAAUGAAAACCAUGACUUGUGCAUUGAGGAUAGAAGACGUUAAUGGUGGAGAAGAUGGAAGUGAUGAAGCAUGUUGGGAUUCCAUAGUAUCCCCAGAAGAUAUGGAAGCUAUGUGGAAUCAAGUUGAGGUUCGAAAAUUGUGGAAUAGAUCCAAACAAAAGAGAGGAAAAGUGAGGCUUAUUCUUGACGAAAAUAAGAGACCGUAUAUUUCUCGGCUGGAAAUGAAGGCUGUGGCAGAUAUAGUUCUAUUCAAACACCUCAGCACAAUGAAAAUUAAAUCUACAGUAAUUUGUGCCAUCGGGGAGGUUUUAAGCAAGCGUUUUGUAGAUGGAUUGGAAGAGCGACCUGGAAUAAUGGGCAUUGACUAUUCAACUGCUUAUUGGCUUUAUUUGGAAUUGGGAUACAGAGAUUAUAAACUCGAAUCUGUAGAAGAUCUUAAAAAUCCUUUUGUGUCCAUGUACUUUGGUGCUGCCUAUGUAGCAUGGGAAAGAACACCAGACUUUUUUGUUCAAGCAUAUUUUGUAGGACCUACAAAUGUGAACCCUGAAGAGACAAGUACACUCUGGCUAAAAUUUGAGGAAACCCUCAGUAAAUUUGAGGAGUCAAGAAGGUACCACAAAUACUCAAAUUGUAUUGGAACCACGAUUAAGGAACUGGGAUACGCACCCAAGCCACGAUCAUGGUUAAGAUCCAUGAUCAAAGUUGAUUUUACAAGGAUUGUGGAAGGAAGAAUAAUUAAUCCGUCUUUGACACAAAAGAUAGUGUCCUCUUUCUUGUCCUCAGAACGUGCUUUUCCAAUGCGUCCGAAUCCACUGGGGAACAAAACAAAGGUUGACAUAUCAAAGCAGCAGACAACUAAUAUCAAAGCUGACACAGCUAGCUGGCUUGUGUUAUUCACAAUGGCCAUAAGGAUUCACUUUUCCAUCAUUUCCAUGGCUGUUCUGGCUCUCUCUACUUCUGCAGAUUACUUUUCGGUUAAUUUUAGUUAUACUGGUCCAAAUGGUCCUGGGAACUGGGGAAGCUUGAGUCCUUCUUAUGCAGCAUGUUCAAAUGGAAAAUCUCAGAGUCCUGUGGAUCUUAUCAAGACUGAUAUUAUCCUGAACAAGAAGUUGAAGAAUCUUGCAAGAAACUACCUUCCUACUAAUGCCACAUUGGUUAACAACAAAUUCAACAUUGGGGUGCACUUUGAAGGAAAAGUAGGAGACAUUAAUAUAAAUGGGAAAAACUACUCCUUGAAACAACUGCACUGGCACUCGCCAUCAGAACACAGGGCAAAUAGUCGAAUACAUGAUGCAGAGCUCCAUUUAGUCCACUUGACCCAAGAUAACAGCGACAUAGCUGUUGUGGCAGUGCUCUACAAAUUGGGUGAUCCUGAUCCUCUCAUAUCCCAGUUUGAAGACAAGUUGGCUGAGUUAGGGAAGGAGAAUCUUGCAGGUACUAAGGAUAACCAAAUUGCACUUGGCACCUUUGAUUUGGAAGAUAUAAAUAGAAGUAGCCACAGGUAUUAUAGAUAUGUUGGCUCUCUCACCACUCCACCCUGCAAAGAGGGUGUCACUUGGAACAUUCUUGGAAAGUUGAGGACACUGUCCAAGGAACAACUGGAGCUUCUGAAGGCACCAUUGGAGCCAGAGUUCAAGCACAAUGCAAGGCCACUUCAGCAAAUUAAUGGACGUAAAAUAGAGAUGUACUACCACCCCAAUCACCUGCAUGGAACUCAUGCAAAGAAUCCUAAAUAA